UAUUAUUUUAACUAAAAUGUCAUCAAACAAUAAAUUGAAAGGAUCUGUAAAAAGACAAUUAUAUUUAAAAGAAAAUGAUCCUGAAGUUUCAUCAUCAACACAUUCUAAUUUCCCACAAACAAUUAUAAGCAACCAUGAUGCAUGGCGUAAUGAUCAGAUAUGUUUUAUUAAUCUACUAGAAUCACUAAGGAUAAAAGCAGCAAAUCUAUUACGAAGACAAUCCAAUUUCCCCGAUAUAGAUCUAUCAGCAAUAUAUUGUUUAGGAAUUGCUGUUCAAGAAUAUGUUCGUUAUCAAAAUCUGAAUAUUAUUGACGAAAAACGUGCUUUAGAAAACGAGCCUUCAUUAAGUACACUCUUUACGGAAAAGGAUCUCAAAUCACAAUCUUUAAGAUCAAUUCUCAAAAAAUAUCAUUCUAUUUUAACUGUAAAACCCGAUCCUGAUGCAGAUUUCGAAGUUAGUCCUAGACCAAGACUAGAAGAAGAAGUGACUCCUAUCGUUAGAACUAAGAAAAGGAAAUAUAGACAUGAAGUUAAUGUAAAGACAUCUAAGAACGGGUCAGAAUUUGAAAAACUAUUAAAGACACCAGAAUGGAAAAUUGUUAUGAAUAAGAGGAAAAUUAAAAAAAAAGCUUGAAUAAAACCAUAAAAGGAGAGGAUUUUUUUUUUCUAUCCAACCAAAUAUGAAUUAUAUAGCAUGCGAUUAUUUUUUUUUUUUU